AUGGCUACUCCUGCCCGUAUCCAGCCUGCCCGUCGCACCAUGCUCAGCGAGUACGAGACCUUGAAGAUCCUUCGCAAGAUGUCACCAGAAUUCAUUCCCAACGCUUGGUUGCCCGACCCCACUCCAGGCGGUAGAGACUACUACUUUCUUCAGUUCAUUGAAGGUGACAUGGCAUGCAAGGGGGGAGUAUGGAACCCGGGCUUCAAGACUAGCCUUCGUGACAUUGCGACUUUUGCGAUCCAACUGGCUUCAACCCCGUUCCGCGGGAUCGGCAGCUUCCAUCCCAGUACCGCGGGCAAUGGUGGCCCUGAUGUAUCCACUGAUGCUCCAUCAGUAGGGCCACUCCUUCGACUCGGCGCGUGGAUGGAACUGGAAGACGCCGGUCCCUACCGCACCAGUCGUGACGCCUACAUGGCCGCCAUCAACCAUCGUCUGCUUCAGAUCGAAAACGGCGCAAUUGGAGACCCCGCCAUCUGGGGUCCUGCCUAUGUGUCCCUUCUCGACGUUCAAGACCUCAUCAUGGGCUGCGAUGAGUUUGCGGUAGAGGGGCCAACCUAUAUCACGCAUGGUGACCAGAAAGGAGACAUCUUUCUCGUUCGUCCUGACGACACCGUGGCAGCCUUUAUUGACUGGGAAUUGUGA